CCUAUGGCGCAACAGAAACAACGAACCUUAUGCUUACAUAAAAAUAAACACCGCAGAUUUAUGUAUAAAGUAUUAAGUUACAAUAACGUGCAUUGAGCCUUAACAUCUUUGCCGCCAAGUAAAAUAAAUCACCCAAUGAGACCCCCGCAUUCCCGCUCAAGUAGUGUCGCGAGGAGCACGCACCUCCUAUUUGAAAAAAAAAAUCAAAAAUUGAAUUUAGAACGAUGAAAACUGAAGAAAAUUAUUACAGUGACUAUGGUAGUGGCAGCUCUUCGAAUUCUUCCACUACAUGGCCCCCGCAGGAUGUGUGGACGUACAAGACGUCUCCAAUAGAACGACCCGCUGAAAAGAAAUCUGCCAGCUACCAAGACUUGGUGACUGGGAGGUGCACCCUGGAAGACAUAAUGAAGGAGUUCCGUAUGAAUGGGCUGGACUCGCCAUACACUCCUGAGGAAGACAGGAUCUGGAACAACCCGGGCAAUCGUUCUGAUACCUUCGGAGGCAUGGGUCCAGCGAGCGUGUACUUGCGACAGAAGUCGUGGCCGGAGCCCGAGCGGUCCCCGGCGCCGCGCCUGCCGCGCCCGCGCUCCGAGUGGCUGCCGUCGCUCACUGCGGAGGAGUUCUUUCCUAAGGAGUUCCAAACUAAGGAGUUCCAUCCAAGAGAGUUCCAUCCAAGGGAAUUCCAACCCGAGGCGUUCUCUAAUUCCACUUCUGUUGAAGCUAGUGCUCCACCGGCGAGUCUGUCAUCUGAUCAGAUGCGUGUACUGCAGUCUCUGCCCAACGCUGUGGUGAACGCGUUGCUGCAGGAGAUAGAGCGCAGGCCUGAACUCAUGAGGCGAUGCACGAAACCCGCGCAGUCGCUGCAGGAGUGCCGCUUCUGCAAGAACAACGGCGAGCGCGAGUCGUACUACCGCGGGCACGCGCUGAAGGACGCGCGCGGCGCCGUGCGCUGCCCCGUGCUGCGCGCCUUCGUGUGUCCGCGCUGCGGCGCGCGCGGGGACCACGCGCACACCUCCAAGUACUGCCCGCUCGCCACCGCCGACGAACGUAUGAAAUCCACUGCCAUGAUGCGCAGUGUCCGCAUGGCAUCGGGUCGUCGUCGCAACAGCACAGUAGCGUCACCUGUGUCCGCCACCGACAACUACAUGAUGUUUGGAGAGGCAACGCCAUCUCUCAUAUCUGAUACUGACACUUAUAAAUCAUUCGCACUAAAUUCACCACUCGACCCACGUUGGGCUGCUCUUGAAAAAAAGUUAAUGUUAUAAUUCAAUAAUUAUUUUACAGUUUUGACAGGAAAAAAAUAAAUUAAGUUUUAUUUUACACCUGCUGUCAAAACAAGUAUCUAGUUGAUUCUAUUGCGGGUAGAUGGCGCUGUACUCAAAGUCAGAAAUAAAGAAUUAUUUUUAAUUUUUCGUUAUCAAAUCAAAAUAAUCUAGUAUUGUGAAUAUUGACUGAUACAUUAUAAGUGUUUAAUAUGUUAUAGUAUGUUGACUAUUGUUGAAUAAAUCGUGGUGUUAAUACGAUGCCAGUAUUAAUUGUUGUAGAUCAAAGAUAAAUAAUGUUGAUGUUAGUAUUCUAUGGUUAUUCGCUGGUGAACACCAGUUAUAUAGCAAUAAGUUAAUUAAUAAUAUGUUUUUAUUAAAAUAUAGACAUUGCACACUUGCAUUGAUAAGAUUCUGAUUGAUAAGUUACCAACAACUGCCAAAUGUAGUUGCUUGGGUACAAAUUAAUUUGUUAAUUGUAUCUUUUAAGUGUGACCACGCUUUGUAAAGCAGGAAUUACUAAACUUGAAAACAUUUUUAUUCAUUUUAAUUACUUUUAGUGUAUACAAUAACUAAAAUAAAUCAGAAUCUGAAUACAUGCGGAUAUUUUAACAGUAAAAAUGAACUGCUGAACAAUAAACAAUUUCAAAAUUAAAUAUUUUCAAUUCAAUACAUUUUCUUGAAUCAAUGGUAAGUAUUGAUAAUAAAAUGUUAAUGGCGUAUGAAUUUGUAACACUGAACCAAUUAAAUUACUGUUGAGGCCGUUAUUUCGAAUUUUUUCAAACCUGAAUCGGUCUAGAUUUUGCUUAAUAAAGUUGAAUAUAUUAGCAGUUUUAGCAGCAAUUAAAAUUUAUUUGGCUACAGUUAUCUUGAAAGUAGAACGAAAUAAUCCGAGUGUUCUGUUAAAAAACUAAAUAGCUACUGAACAUAUUAAUUAUUAAUAUUUUUUCAUCAUUUACAUUAUAAGUAAUAAAU